CCCUGAUGGUCCCUGGUUCCAGCGUUGACGUGCGGCAGCGCCCCCAUGAACACCCGCGACAGCAGGGGGCUGGUGCAGUCUGCCGGCGUGUGGCCCUGGAUCGCUAGCCUGCAGGUCAACGGCACGCACAUGUGCGGCGGCACCCUGGUGACUGCGGAUGCCGUCUUGAGCGACGCCUCAUGCUUCACCAUGUACCCCAAUGCCUCCUACUGGACGGUUGAGUUGGGCCGCCGGAAUCUGAACGGCCCCAACUCCUUCAACAUGACCCUGGGGGUGAAAUCCAUCACCCUCAGCAAUCUCACCGGGGACAACAUCGCCGUGCUCAUGCUGUCCAGUCCACCGAGGCUCUCGGACUACAUCCAGCCCAUCUGUCUGGACCAGGGGAUGGGCAGCUUCCUGAACAACACUUACUGUUGGAUGGCAGGCUGGGGCAUGGGCCAGGGAGGCGCCCAAGAAACCCUGCAGGAGUUCAACACCACGGUGGUGGGUUGUAGCAACACGUCAUCCAGUGACUACAUCUGCACCGAAGCGCUGACUUUGAGACAGGGUGACGCCGGAGGCCCCCUAAUGUGCAAGAGCGGCAACUCUUGGACCCAAGUGGCCGGGCUUCCCAACGUCAUGGGCAACAGCAGCAUGGUGCGCUCAGAGAGAGCCGCCGACCAGUCCAUGUUCACCUCCACAACGCGAUUUGCUGGCUUCCUGAGGGAAACUCUGGGGAGUCUGCCGUCCCCCGCCAACGCCACCACAACCACCGCCCCCACCACCACAACCGCCCCCACCACCAGUCACGCCCCCACCACCACCACUUUUUCAGUGUGUGGUCGGGCUCCUCUCAACUCCAAGAUCGUUGGAGGAGUGGAUGCUGCUCCGGGCACCUGGCCCUGGCAGGCCAGUUUGCAGACGUCUGGUCACUUCUGUGGGGGGUCUCUGAUCAACAAUUUGUGGGUGCUGACUGCUGCCCACUGCUUCACCACAACUGACACAACAGGUUUCACGGUCUUCCUGGGCCGUCAGGACCAGGCGGGCAGCAACCCCAACGAGCAGUCCAGGACCAUCUCCAGGAUUGUCUGUCACCCCGAUUACAGUUGGUCCACCAACGACAACGACAUCUGCCUGCUGGAGCUCUCCUCGGCUGUCGACUUCACAGACAACAUCGCGCCCGUCUGCCUGGCCGCGGACGGAAGCACUUUCAACAGCGGCAUCAUCAACUGGGUCACUGGCUGGGGCACCACCUCGUUUGGAGGUUCAGCCGCGGACAUCCUCCAGGAAGUGGACCUGCCCAUAGUGGGCAACAGGGAGUGUAACUGUAGCUAUGUGGGCGAUAUCACCAACAACAUGAUCUGCGCUGGAUUGUCGGCCGGAGGGAAGGACUCGUGUCAGGGUGACUCUGGGGGUCCUCUUGUAGGCAAACAGGGUGUGCAGUGGGUCCAGUCGGGAGUGGUGAGCUUUGGUCUAGGAUGUGCCUUGCCCAACUUCCCUGGAGUAUACGCCAGAGUGUCAAAAUAUCAGGCAUGGAUCAACGGUACCAUCACCACCAACCAGCCCGGCUUUGUUGACUUCCGCUCCGCGGGAACCGACAGCGACGCGACCUUCAACUGUGGCGACCCUCCGUCCGGCCCAGUCACCGCCUCACCGACCGCCCCUGCACGUAAGUGGCCUUUUGUCUCCAUCUGUGGACAAUGAGGGUGUUGGAUACUC